UUUCCCAUCUUGCAAGAUGGCGGGUGAAAAGGCGCCUGAUAAAAAGGAGAAGAAACCUGCAGCCAAGAAGGCUGGAGGUGACGCUGCUGCCUCCCGUCCCCGGGCCGCAGUAGCCAAAAAGGGUCGCCCUAAGGUUAAAAAGCCCAAGAAGCCCAAGCGCCAUUGCAGCCGAAACCCCGUCCUGGUGAGAGGAAUUGGCAGGUACUCCAGGUCUGCUAUGUACUCCAGGAAGGCCUUGUACAAAAGGAAAUACUCUGCUGCCAAGACCAAGGUUGAGAAGAAGAAAAAGGAGAAGGUCCUUGCUACUGUCACCAAAACUGUUGGUGGAGACAAGAACGGUGGCACCCGGGUGGUGAAGCUUCGGAAAAUGCCUAGGUAUUAUCCCACCGAAGAUGUGCCUCGGAAGCUGCUGAGCCAUGGCAAGAAGCCCUUCAGCCAGCAUGUGAGAAGGCUGCGCUCCAGCAUCACUCCUGGGACUGUCCUGAUCAUCCUCACAGGGCGCCACCGGGGCAAGAGGGUGGUCUUUUUGAAGCAGCUGGCCAGCGGUUUGCUACUUGUGACUGGACCUCUAGUCAUCAACAGAGUUCCUCUGCGCAGAACACACCAGAAGUUUGUCAUUGCCACCUCUACAAAAGUUGAUAUCAGCGGUGUUAAAAUCCCCAAACACCUGAAUGACGCUUACUUCAAGAAGAAGCAGCUGCGCAAGCCCAGGCAUCAGGAGGGCGAGAUCUUCGANACGGAGAAGGAGAAAUACNAGAUUACAGAGCGGCGAAAGGCUGAUCAGAAAGCUGUGGACUCGCAGAUUUUGCCAAAGAUUAAAGCUGUUCCUCAGCUCCAGGGCUACCUGCGAUCUCAGUUUUCCCUGACAAACGGGAUGUAUCCUCACAAGCUGGUCUUCUAAACUGUUAACCUAAUUAAACAGCUUCCUAU